AUGCCUCCAGAAGACGAGGACGGGUGGUUAUCGGGAAUAGAAAAGAAAGUUGAGGGUUUUGUUGAAGACUUCCUGGAAUUUGCCAAUCCGGAUUUUGCCAAUCCUGAUCCCCCCCAACUUCCGGAAUUCCCAGUCGGCAUAUUGACACCUGACGACGUGUCAAAGAUUUUUCGCCCCAAAACAGAUACAGAAUAUGACUGGAGUCUUGAAGAGUGGGAAAAGUGUCCUACACCUGAAUUUCUCGCUUCUGAACGGUGGUCCAACACUCUGAAGUCGAUGAAGUUAGAAUACAAAAGUGGCCUCGAAAUGCCACUCGACAUUCGCGGUAAACGGCAAAAGCUGUCUGGCCUGGCGGAUUAUACUUUGUGGUAUGGAUCCGCUGAAGAGCUCGAAUUCAAUCUUGUCGUCGUCGGAGCCAAGUCCAGAGAGAAAGUCAGCCACGGAGAUCACCAAUGUCAAGCUUAUAUGGGUAAGUCAAUUCUACUAUCACGUAUGCGUAUGCAAAUCGAUGUCUUGGGCAUGGUCCACAAGGCUCGAAAGGCUGCGGGUCGAACCUAUACCACGGUAUUCGGGAUCUCUACCGACAGUUAUACGUUUAACUUCUUUAGAAUGAGCGAAGAUUCUGAAGGAAAUACAGUGCUGUCAACAGAGGCCCUGGUUUUUGGACAACGCCCGUCCGAAGACCGCGAAGUCAUCUCACAAAUUCGCAAAAUUUUCAGAUUUACUGCGAAUCUAACUCCCGAUACUAGACAAUUGGAUGGCUUGUACUCGUUUUUGGAGAAGUAUCGACCUUGCUUUAACUCAUGGAGAGCAUUGCUUAAAAGAGUGGCUCGCUUCCUUGCAUGCUUAAUGUACCUCUCUGGAAGCAUAGUCAGAGAAGGUACUACUACCUACCUAGCGACGCAUGAUUAUCAACUUGGCACUUUGCAACUGCCACAUACUACCAUCAACUACCAGAUAUUCUCAGCACCAUCUAAUAUUACGGUCAUCAACGUCGCUCCAAUUCUCUUGAUCUUCCAGUGCAUCAUGGUUUUCAAACCGCUUUUGGAGACUGAGGAGGCUGAACACACUGAAGAUACCUCCAAGGAAAAGGUUGAUAAGAAGACCGACGGCGACGAUGACAGCAGCAAUGACAAUGAUGACAAGGACAACAAUCACAGCAAUGACGAGGACAAUAACGACGACAACGAUCAUGCAAUCUUCGACAAGGAGCCCAAAGAUGGUCUGGAUUUCAUACCAUUACUGCUCUCAAAAAAGAUCACCUACAUGGACAAACUCAAAAUAAUAAACAAAAUUCCAGAGAAAGGCUUUCAGAACAACACCGCCAUACGAACUCUCGAAGAGAAGCUCGAACUCGCUGGAAGAGUGCGAGCUUGGAGAGAAUAG